AUGAAGAGCAUGAAGUCUCGAGGCGGCCGCUCAGGCGGCACCGAUCGCGGGGGCAUCCGCAAGCGGGGCCCUACGCGGACCGACCGAGAUGGCGACAUGGAUAUGGAUGGAGGAGGUGCUCGUGCAAAAAGGGGACGAGGUGACUCUGGACGACUGGCCGCCGGUGGUCGAGUGCAGUCGCGCGACAAGACCAUGGAUGCAAUCCAAAAGGCGAUCUCUAGCAGCAAGGAUUCCUCCCAAGUCAACAUUCGACAGGGCAAAGCUGGAGGGGGAACCUGGAGCGAUUCACCUCUCGUCGCAUUCCUCGAGAGACGCAUGAACGCAAUGACGAAAUCAGGCCCCCGCGCAAAAAUUACAAAGUCGCGGGUUGAAGGAGACUCUCUUGUGGUUUUCGUCCGGUCAGACUUGGCCGACAAGAUGCUCCGAAUCAAUGGCAAUCUCUUCGCAGGAAUCCACGUCUCAGUCGAACCACACACCUCUGCUCCCAGCAGCACUCUCGAUCAAGACCUAGCAUCUGCAGCGGGUACUUCCGCUUCCACCGCCGACACGAAAUCUAAGAUGACGGCCAUUCUGGGCAAACGUUACUACCCUGACACUAAAUUACUCGACCUGUCGAAGCUUGGAACCGAUCCGGAUUUGUUGGCCAUGGGAAUCUUCAACACCACCUCCACGGAAUCCAAGUUUUUUCCCGCCCUGAUGAAAGUCUGGGAGAUGGGAUUCACCACUUCAGCUCAGAGACGAGAGGCGGUGCAGAGCGUCAGCCUGGCGCACAAUCAGCUUGCUAAUAUCUCUGUGGUUACGACCCUCGCUCAAACGGUGCCAGAUAUCAAGAAUCUGGAUCUUUCCAACAACAACUUCAAGGAUGCACAAUCGCUGAUUGGGUGGCGGUGGAAAUUCCGAAACCUCGAGUUCUUGGACCUGACUGGCAACGCUUUCAGUGCCGAUCCGAGCUUCAAGGACACCAUGCUGAAGUGGUACCCCAAGCUGCGCAUCUUGAACAACGUCGAGGUCCGAACCGCGGAGGAAAUUGCCGCCCAGAAGAAGACGCCCAUCCCCGUGCAGGCGCCUUACUUCCAGGACGAAUCCAAAAUCGGAGAGAACUUUGUUCGUGCCUUUUUCGCUGGGUACGACAACGAUCGCAACGAUCUCAUCAACGGUGUCUACGACGAUCGUUCUACGUUCUCGCUGAACGUCAACACUAUGGCCCCCAAGGCCCAACAGGCCGAGGCAGCAGGCUGGGACUCGUACAUUAAGAAGAGUCGGAACCUUUUGAAAAUCAGCCAUCUCCCUGCACGUAUGUCGCGGGCUUAUGUCGGCGCAGAGAAGAUCCGCGAAGUCUGGAACACACUCCCGCAAACCCGCCACCCUGAUCUGACUACGCAUCCGGAGGAAAUGCUUCUGGAAUGCCAUCCCAUCCCGGGGCUUCCCGACCCCAGCGGACAGAGCGAAACCGGCGUAGGUGGUCUCUUGGUCAUGGUGCAUGGAAAGGUAGAGGAGAGUGUUGGGGCCAAGAUUGAGACACGCAGCUUCGAUCGGACCUUCAUUCUCGGCCCCGGUGGAGGCGUGGGCGGUAUCCGAGUCAUCAAUGACAUUCUCUGCCUUCGGGCGUACGGUGGCCAUGAGGCAUGGAGUCCCGAGAACCAGGCGAUUCCACAGGCCGUGGCACCGCCUCCCGCUCCCGCAGCAGUUCAGCCCGGGAUUCCCGAUGGAUACGGUGUACCUGCCCCGGGUAAAACCGACACGCAGCUCCAGCAGGAGCAGCUGAUUGCCCAAAUGAGUUCGAAAUCCGGCAUGACGCUGCAAUUCUCGGAGAUGGCGCUGUCCGGCAAUGGAUGGAAUCUGGAUGCAGCCUGGAAGAAUUUUGAGGAAUUGAAGGCACAGGGAGCACUUCCCACGACUGCCUUUGUCUCCGGGGCGUGA